AUGAACGGAAAUAAUGUUGGACCUACCUUUAGUAAUGAUGGACCUACCCUUAGUAAUGAUGGACCUACCUUUAGUCCUGAUGAUCCUACCUUUAGUAAUGAUGGACCUACCUUUAGUAAUGAUGGACCUACCUUUAGUAAUGUUGGACCUACCUUUAGUCAUGAUGGACCUACCUUUAGUAAUGAUGGACCUACCCUUAGUAAUGAUGGACCUACCUUUAGUCAUGAUGGGCCUACCUUUAACAAUGAUGGACCUACCUUUAGUCAUGAUGGACCUACCUUUAACAAUGAUGGACCUACCUUUAACAAUGAUGGACCUACCAUUAGUCAUGAUGGACCUACCUUUAAUAAUGAUGGACCUACCCUUAGUAAUGAUGGACCUACCUUUAGUCCUGAUGAUCCUACCUUUAGUAAUGAUGGACCUACCUUUAGUAAUGUUGGACCUACCUUUAGUAAUGAUGAUCUUACCUUUAGUAAUGAUGGACCUACCCUUAGUAAUGAUGGACCUACCUUUAGUAAUGAUGAUCCUACCCUUAGUAAUGAUGGACCUACCUUUAGUCCUGAUGAUCCUACCCUUAAUAAUGAUGGUCCUACCUUUAGUAAUGAUGAUCCUACCCUUAGUAAUGAUGGACCUACCUUUAGUUAUGCUGGACCUACCUUUAGUAAUGAUGAUCCUACCUUUGGUCAUGUUGGACCUACCUUUAACAAUGAUGGACCUACCUUUAGUCAUGAUGGACCUACCUUUAAUAAUGAUGGACCUACCCUUAGUAAUGAUGGACCUACCUUUAGUCCUGAUGAUCCUACCUUUAGUAAUGAUGGACCUACCUUUAGUAAUGAUGGACCUACCUUUAGUAAUGAUGAUCCUACCUUUAGUAAUGAUGGACCUACCCUUAGUAAUGAUGGACCUACCUUUAGUAAUGAUGAUCCUACCCUUAGUAAUGAUGGACCUACCUUUAGUUAUGCUGGACCUACCUUUAGUAAUGAUGAUCAUACCUUUGGUCAUGUUGGACCUACCUUUAACAAUGAUGGACCUACCUUUAGUCCUGAUGAUCCUACCUUUAGUAAUGAUGGACCUACCUUUAGUAAUGAUGGACCUACCUUUAGUCCUGAUGAUCCUACCUUUAGUAAUGAUGGACCUACCUUUAGUAUUGAUGGACCUACCUUUGGUCAUGUUGGACCUACCUUUAACAAUGAUGAUCCUACCUUUAGUAAUGAUGGACCUACCUUUAGUAAUGAUGAUCCUACCUUUGGUCAUGUUGGACCUACCUUUUACAAUGAUGGACCUACCUUUAGUCCUGAUGAUCCUACCUUUAGUAAUGAUGGACCUACCUUUAUUAAUGAUGGACCUACCAUUAGUAAUGAUGAUCCUACCUUUGGUCAUGUUGGACCUACCUUUAACAAUGAUGGACCUACCUUUAGUCCUGAUGAUCCUACCUUUAGUAAUGAUGCACCUACCUUUGGUCAUGUUGGACCUACCUUUAACAAUGAUGGACCUACCUUUAGUAAUGAUGGACCUACCUUUAGUAAUGAUGGACCUACCUUUAGUCCUGAUGAUCCUACCUUUGGUAAUGAUGGACCUACCUUUAGUCCUGAUGAUCCUACCCUUAGUAAUGAUGGACCUACCUUUAGUAAUGAUGGACCUAACUUUAGUAAUGAUGGACCUACCUUUAGUAAUGCUGGACCUCCCUUUAGUAAUAAUGGACCUACCUUUAGUAAUGAUAGACUUACCUUUAGUUAUGCUGGACCUACCUUUAGUAAUGAUGGACCUACCUUUAGUAAUGAUGGACCUAACUUUAGUAAUGAUGGACCUACCUUUAGUAAUGCUGGACCUCCCUUUAGUAAUAAUGGACCUACCUUUAGUAAUGAUAGACUUACCUUUAGUAAUGAUGGACCUACAUUUAGCAAUGAUGGACCUGCUUUUAACAAUGACGGACCUACCUUUAACAAUGACGGACCUACCUUUAGUAAUAAUGGACCUAACUUUAGUAAUGAUAGACCUACCUUUAGGAAUGAUAGACCUACCUUUAGUAAUGAUGGACCUACAUUUAGCAAUAUUGGACCUGCCUUUAACAAUGACGGACCUACCUUUAACAAUGAUGGACCUACCUUUAGUAAUGAUGGACCUACCUUAUUAAUGAUGGACCUACCUUUAGUAAUGAUGGACCUACCUUUAGUAAUAAUGGACCUACCUUUAGUAAUGAUAGACCUACCUUUAGUAAUGAUGGACCUACAUUUAGCAAUGAUGGACCUGCCUUUAACAAUGACGGACCUACCUUUAACAAUGACGGACGUACCUUUAGUAAUGAUGGACCUACCAUAA